GUACCUCAAUGGCCUUCGCUACACUCAAAUAGGAGAAAAGGCAAAUAUUUAGGGGAUGAUGAAUUAACUCUGAUACUUCAAUUCUAGAGACAUCAAACUCCUGGCACGUUCUUUCAUGAGAUAGCAAAAAAGGCAAUAUUUUUUGCUUUCAUGAGAGAGAUUUGAGAAAGGUUGUGAUAUAGAGAUCAUCGAACGCUCUUGUUCUCGUUGAAUUUCCUCCCUAUUCGCACUGACGAUGCCGCUUUUACUGCGGCGAUGCGCGCUGAUAGCUGGUAACGGGAAUGGUGGAUCGCCGGGAAUGUUAGGGUUUAGGAGAGGCCUGGCGACGACUUGCAGGGCGGUGCUUCUGCCUCAAUUCGGCGGUCCCCACGUGCUCGAGCUUCAUGACAAUGUCAGCGUUCCUAAUCUCAAACCCAAUCAAGUGCUCGUUCGCACUCGCGCUGUGUCCAUCAACCCACUGGACACUAGAAUGCGGUCAGGUUAUGGCCGUUCAAUUUUUGAACCACUUCUGCCAUUGAUUCUGGGGCGUGAUGUCAGCGGCAAAGUUGCAGCUGUUGGAAAUUCUGUACGCUCUCUAGUUGUUGGGCAAGAAGUAUUUGGUGCUCUUCAUCCAACUGCCGUGAGGGGUACUUACACUGACUAUGCUAUCCUUGAUGAAGAUGAACUUGCUCCAAAACCGGCUUCUCUUUCACAUGUGGAAGCUAGUGCUAUUCCUUUUGCUGCUCUAACUGCUUGGCGUGCUUUAAGAAGUACUGCAAGGAUUACGGAAGGUCAACGGGUCUUGGUGAUCGGUGGUGGAGGAGCAGUGGGGUUUUCUGCCAUUCAACUUUCAGUUGCUGCAGGCUGUUCUGUAUCUACCACUUGUGGAGGUGAUAGUAUUGAUCGCAUUUUGGCUACUGGCGCUGAGCAGGCAGUGGAUUAUACUACUGAGGAUAUUGAAGUAGCUAUAAAGGGGCACUUUGAUGCAGUUUUGGAUACAAUUGGUGGUUCAGAGACGGAAAGGAUCGGCAUCAAUUUUCUGAAGAAGGGUGGACACUAUAUGACACUUCAGGGAGAGGCUGCGUCAUUAACUGAUAGGUAUGGACUAACUAUCGGCCUUCCCAUGGCAACUGCUAUCUUGCUGAAGAAACAGAUCCAAUAUCGAUUUUCUCACGGAAUAGAAUACUGGUGGACUUACAUGAGGGCUGAUGCUGAGGGUUUAGAUGAGAUCCGGAGGCUAUGUGAAGCGGGGAAGCUCAAAGUACCGGUUGACAAAACUUUUCCUAUUACUCGAGUUCAAGAUGCCCAUCACGCUAAGGAUAAAGGGGAAAUUCCUGGAAAAGUAGUGCUGGAAGUAGACUAGAUGAACUCAAUGAGUCAUGAGCUGCAAACUUAAACCCUUUUUUUCAUAUUGGUUUUCAAAAGCGUUUGAUGUUACGACCUGGUUGAUACUUGACUAUAGAACAACAUCAACUUCCAUGUGUAAAAUAAUGUAAAUCUUGAAAUGCUGUUCGGUUUUGUAUAUUUUCUUCAUUUUAUUUACGCGUAAACAGUAUUUCACAA